ACUCGUGAAUAUUUUAUUUACUCAGAUUCAGCUUCUUCUCCACGCAAAGACUCGCUUCUCUCUUUUUCUCUUCCUGGGUUUGGAUUUUUUUUUUUCUGAGCUGAAUCAUGUUUUAUUCUCACCAGCUUCUAGCUCGAAAAGCUCCGUUGGGUCAGAUAUGGAUGGCCGCUACGUUGCACGCGAAGAUCAACCGGAAGAAACUAGAUAAGCUCGAUAUCAUUCAAAUCUGCGAAGAGAUUUUGAAUCCGUCAGUUCCGAUGGCUCUUAGACUCUCUGGGAUUCUUAUGGGUGGUGUUGUGAUUGUUUAUGAGAGGAAAGUGAAGCUCCUAUUCGAUGAUGUUAAUCGCCUUCUGGUUGAAAUUAAUGGAGCUUGGCGCACAAAAGCUGUUCCGGAUCCCACUUUACUACCUAAAGGAAGAACCCAUGCCAGGAAAGAGGCUGUUACAUUGCCUGAGAACGAAGAAGCUGAUUUUGGAGAUUUUGAACAGACUCGUAAUAUUCCUAAAUUUGGCAAUUACAUGGAUUUUCAGCAGACUUUUAUUUCCAUGCGGUUAGAUGAAUCCCAUGUUAACAAUAACCCCGAGCCAGAAGAUCUUGGACAGCAGUUCCAUCAAGCUGAUGCCGAGAAUAUCACACUCUUUGAGUAUCAUGGUUCAUUCCAGACCAACAAUGAAACAUAUGAUCGUUUUGAAAGAUUUGACAUCGAAGGAGAUGAUGAAACUCAGAUGAACUUCAAUCCAAGAGAAGGCGCUGAAAUACCUACAACUCUCAUCCCAUCACCACCUCGUCAUCAUGACAUUCCCGAAGGAGUCAACCCCACAAGCCCUCAGCUCCACGAGCAACAGGAGCAUCGUAGGGACGGAUUUGCUGAGCAGAUGGAGGAACAAAACAUACCGGACAAAGAGGAACAUGAUAGACCACAACCAGCAAAAAAAAGAGCAAGAAAGACAGCUACUUCAGCGAUGGAUUAUGAGCAGACUAUUAUCGCUGGUCAUGUUUACCAGUCAUGGCUCCAGGAUACUUCUGACAUUCUCUGUAGGGGGGAAAAGAGAAAGGUUCGAGGAACUAUCCGGCCAGAAAUCAAAAUUUUCAAACGUGCGAAUAUGCCACCUACACAACUCUUUGAAAAGCAUGUGGAAAAUUCUUACCCGCCUCAGCUUUACGAGCUUUGGUCAAAGAGUACUCAAGUUCUUCAAACCUCAUCAUCUGACACUCGACGUCCUGAUCUCUGUGCAGAACAAUCUCCAGGGUUUGUUCAGGAGAGAAUGCAGAACCACCAUCAAACAGACCAUCAUCAGCGCAGUGACACAAGCUCCCAAAAUCUUGGUAGUCCCGCAGAAAUACUCCGGACAGUUCGUACUGGGAAAGGUGCUUCAGUAGAAAGCAUGAUGGCUGGAUCUCGAGCAAGCCCUGAAACUAUUAACCGCCAAGCUGAUAUAAAUAUCACGCCGUUCUAUUCUGGAGACGACGUGAGAUCCAUGCCUAGCACACCAUCCGCACGUGGAGCAGCUUCAAUUAACAACAUAGAGAUCAGCUCUAAAAGUCGCAUGUUUAAUAGAAAAAGGCCAACUUCCUCACCAAGAAGAGGACUCGAACCAGUAGCGGAAGAGAGACCGUGGGAGCACCGUGAAUAUGAGUUUGAGUUUUCAAUGUUACCUGAAAAACGCUUCACAGCCGAUAAAGAAAUACUAUUUGAAACUGCAUCUACACAGACUCAAAAGCCAGUGUGCAAUCAAUCAGACGAGAAGAUAACAGAUAGCAUCAAAAGUCAUCUGAAGACGCACUUUGAAACACCUGGAGCUCCUCAAGUAGAAUCUCUUAACAAGCUCGCUGUUGGAAUGGACAGAAACGCUGCAGCUAAACUCUUCUUCCAAUCCUGUGUGUUAGCGACUCGCGGAGUCAUCAAGGUAAACCAAACACAGCCUUAUGGGGACAUUCUCAUUGCUAGAGGACCCAACAUGUAAGGUUUGAUUUCUAAAUUAUAGAAGGUUCUUGUGGACCAGUGUUCCCUAGUUGUUUUGCUAUUCAUAUUCUAACAGAGAGAGUCAGUAGACUUUUUAAAUUAUAAAGAGCAACCGUUCUU